AAUGUUUUAAUACUUGCUCAACUCCACUAAUCCAUCAUCGCUGCAGCAGCGGUCUCUCUGCUGAACUCACAUCCUCAGAAUCCUUAAUUUUCUCUCCCAAAUAUGGAGCAGGAAUGUCCACCGUGACGUCGUGCGUCAGGGGGGGAUGCGGGGUUGUAACCACAUAACUACGCCCUCUCCGGUCUGAAGUCCUGGUAGGCAUUACACAGGAAGAGAGUUGGGAAAAAGAAACCUCCCCCUCCUCCUCCUCCUCCUCCCCCUCGUCUUGGCGGAUAACGGUGUCCAAGAAGUUAUUGAGGAGCGACGCCGACGAAAGCCUGUCUGUCUGUCCGCCCGGACCCCAGCGCUCAUUGAUGCUUUCCUCUUCAGGUCCGAGAGAGGAAAUCCGUCUGCUGUGAUCCCAUCAUGGAGGAUCUGGGUGUGCCUGAGCCACCUAACUACCCUCUCAGUCCUCGUAUUGUUGUGUUUGAUGCCCUUCUUGCUGAUCUGGAGAACACCAGCUCUCCUCUACCACAGUGUCCUGUCUUGUUGACCUCUGACCCUCCACAAAAUGCUGAUGCCCCCUCCCAGGACCCGGCUCAGGCUCGACCACCACCUCCAGCCUAUACACCACAGCAGACUGUUUCUGCUGCUAUGAAGUCCUCACAGAACUCCCAUCCAGACAAACUAUACAGCACCGUGUGCAAGCCGCGCUCCCCUCGCACGGCAGACCCUCCUCCUGCCUUCUCUUCCUCCUCGCUGCUGGGUGGAGGUCUGAACGAGCUGGAUCACCUGCUACAGGAGCUCAAUGCCACACAGUUCAACAUCACAGAUGAGAUUCUGGCCCAGUUUCCUUCUUCUAAGAAAGAUGAGAGGGACAAGAUCAAGGAGAAGGCCUUGUCCUCCAGCUCUGCAAAGCCCUCAGCAACAUCAGCCACCAUGGAGCUGGACAAAUUGAUGGCGUCUCUGUCUGACUUCAGGGUCCAGAGUACACCAAGUUCUCCAGUCAGUCCAGUGGUGACUGAGUCGCAGCAACCACCCACUGUCCCACAGCAGCUGUCCAAUGUCACAUCACAGCAACCCACAUCUGGAGGCUCACUGGACAGCAUGCUGGGUCUUCUCCAAUCAGAUUUGAGCCGACAAGGCGUUCAAACCUCCUCCAAAGGAAACUGUUCAGCCUGUCAAAAGCCAGUUGUAGGACAGGUGGUGACGGCUCUGGGGAAGGUGUGGCACCCGGAGCACUUUGUGUGCACCGAGUGUGAGACGGAGUUGGGCAGUCGCAACUUCUUUGAGAAAGACGGGCGGCCGUACUGCGAGCCGGACUACUUCGCCCUGUUCUCCCCUCACUGCGCUCACUGCAGUAAACCCAUACUGAACAAAAUGGUCACUGCCCUCGACAAGAACUGGCACCCCGAGUGCUUCUGCUGCAUAAAGUGCAGCCGAACUUUUGGAGACGAAGGUUUCCAUGACCGUGAGGGCCUGCAGUACUGUCAGCAAUGCUUCUUGACUCUGUUUGCCUCUCGCUGCCAAGGCUGCAACCAGCCGAUUCUGGAAAACUACAUCUCAGCUCUGAACUCCCUCUGGCACCCACAGUGCUUCGUUUGUAGGGAGUGCUACAGCCCCUUUGUGAAUGGCAGCUUCUUUGAGCAUGAGGGGAAGCCGCUCUGCGAGGCGCACUACCACCAGUCCCGCGGCACCAUGUGCCAGGCCUGCCAGCAGCCCAUCCUGGGCCGCUGUGUCACCGCCAUGGGGGCCAAGUUCCACCCCCACCACCUUGUGUGCCACUUCUGCCUGAAGCCCUUGAGCAAAGGCUGCUUCAAGGAGCAGGAGAACAAACCCUACUGCCACCCUUGUUUCAUCAAACUCUUUGGUUGAAGGCGCCCUGGAGAGUAGAUCUUCCUCAUCAUUGGCUGUGAGGAUGAGGAAGGAGCAGGGCUGUGAUGGUUUUAUGAUGAAUGUCAACAAAUGAAGGACAUUAAGAACAAUCAAACAUGUUGUUGUUUUGAACAUUUGUGUUAAACACACACACACACACACACACACACACACACACACACACACACACAGAACAUUACGCCCAGUCACAAAAUGAUGCCAAAAACUUUCUCGUGUGUAAAUAUUUGUGAUCUUAAUUCAAAUUGAAUAAUAAAAACUGAGUUAUUUUUCCAAAGAAAGAAAAGACACAAGUAGAAGUUGUUUCAGUGAAGGUGAUGUUAAGAAAGUCAGCCAUUUUAAUAUAUUUGCUUUUUAUUGCAACAUCUAUAUGACUUGCUGCAUUUGUAUUUAUAUGUUUUAUGCUGAAAGCUUAGAUUUGUAUGUAAACUGAUAUAAAUUUAAAGCCAGAUCAUUAGUUAUUCAUUCACUGUGGCUCUAUGCAAAAAUAAAUAAAUAAAUCACCUCUGAAAAAAGAUCA